CGACGUCAAGAGAAAUUUUUACAAUACUUAUUGCAAUUUUACGAGCUACAAAUAAAUUUACAUUCAAUUAUAUUAUAAUUAAGUAAUAGAGUAAGCCAAAACUAAGAUCGCACAUUAGAGAAAACAUAAAUCAAAAGCUUCGGAUAGCACAGGCCAAAGUCGAAUGCAACUUAUUUUAACACUCUGUGCUUGUGUUGUUUUCACACAUUUUCGCUGGGCAGCUGUGACCUAGCUGUAAUUGCAAUUACGAUAGCAACAACAAGGAACACACAAUUUGCGAGUUUCAUUUCAAGUAGCAGCAAUCGGGUCAAAAAUUAUUAAGCGAAAAUGUCCUCGUCGACGGCGUCCGGGUCCGCUUCCCGCAAGCAACCCACUGCCGUAUCGCGAAUGAAACAGGAUUACAUGCGCUUGAAGCGCGACCCGUUGCCGUACAUUACCGCUGAGCCGCUGCCGAACAACAUUCUGGAAUGGCACUAUUGUGUUAAAGGACCUGAGGACUCACCGUAUUAUGGAGGAUACUAUCACGGAACACUGCUCUUUCCACGGGAGUUUCCCUUCAAGCCGCCAUCUAUAUAUAUGCUAACGCCGAAUGGACGCUUCAAAACAAAUACCAGACUGUGUUUAAGCAUUUCAGACUUUCAUCCCGACACAUGGAAUCCUACUUGGUGCGUGGGUACCAUUUUGACAGGGCUUCUAAGCUUUAUGCUAGAGAGCACACCCACACUGGGCUCCAUAGAGUCUACGAGCUAUGACAAGCAGAUGUUUGCUCAGAAAUCGCUUGCAUUUAACCUGCGCAACGCAAACUUCUGUGAACUUUUUCCAGACAUUGUCAGCGAGAUAAAGUUACGCUUACAGGGUACCCAAGCAACCGGCAACGCGAGUAAGCCAGGUACCAGCUCUUCUUCACGACCGAACGGGUUGGCUAACGGCAGUGCCGUUCCGAAUGAGAACCAUAACAAAAAUGCCAGAAGUGCCAAUGGGCAACUGCCAUUGCCAACGGAUGCUAGCACCAGUGAUGGAAGAUCUGUUGCUCCAGCUGCUACCGCGGAUGUUGGCAGUGGGGGUGCUACAGCGCUCAAAAAUAGUGCACGUAAUUCCUAUUUAAAUUGGCAGUCGAUCUAUUCGAACCUGGUGAUCAUAAUCUGUUUUGCAAUAUUUGCACUCAUUGUUAAUUACGUGAUCAAGAACCUGAAUCAGGAAUAGAUUUAAAUUGUAAGCAAUCAGUACUAAAUAGCCUCUAUAUUUAUAUAUGAAUAUGUAUAUGCGUACAUGUAUCUUUAAAAUAGUUUAUUUUAAAUUAGACACUUUCCGAUCUGCUCGCAGUUGUCGUGUUUCAUACAUAUUAAAAAUCGAUUCCAAGUUUCACUCCCACAAUCCAAUGCCUCGCCCGAGAAGAGCUCAAACUAAAAAUAAAAUAAAAUGUGUGCACAGCUUAGUAUUUGCCCACACUGCUUAUCAAAAAAAAAAAAUACAAAAAGCCGUAACCAAACCUUCAUCGAAGUUAGUCUGAAUUAAUUGGCAAUAACGCAUAAAUUUUUAAAUUUCAACUU